UAUUGCCUUUAUGGAAACUGGAGAAGAAGUGUUAGCUAACGUAGAAUCGUUUGUCAUAAUUUAGCUAAUUCAUGAUCAGUCUAUGGGUCUCCAAGAAAUGACUGACUCUUCUUGAACAACAACUAUAAAAUGGAUCCAGAAUAUGAAAAAAGACUUCUCAGGCAGCAGAAUGGUCAGGUGUCACCGUAUGCUUCACCCCUCUCGUUGAGUCCUAGUCCAGUUGCAUCACCUAGUAAAGACAAGUAUGGCGAUAGGUUCAUUCCAAGUAGAGCUGGAGCAAGCUGGCAUAUUAAUUUCAAUAUGUCCAAGGAGAGUCCUAUACCUUCACCAACGCCUAGUACAAAAUCAAAGGAGCAGACCACAAGUGACAAUGUUAAAGAUGGACUUGCUUACUCUUGCCUUUUAAGGAAUGAAUUAUUGUCUGCAGGAAUUGAAGAUCUAAAGGAUCAACAACCAGAUGAAAGAAGAAUUCUGGUCCCAAAAGAAAGUAAAAAUUUAUUUAGGUAUCAUGUACCCAGAAGAAGUCUGGACUUCAGUGAUUCAUCACCAUAUUCAUUAUCACCUGUUGGUAGCAAAAGUCAGAAACUCCUGAGAUCACCACGCAAGGCUGUCAGAAAGAUAUCAAAGAUACCAUUCAAAGUUCUAGAUGCCCCCGAGUUACAGGAUGACUUCUACCUAAAUCUUGUGGACUGGUCGUCACAGAAUGUAUUGAGUGUGGGAUUAGGCACAUGUGUGUAUUUGUGGAGUGCUUGUACUAGUCAGGUAACCAGACUCUGUGAUUUAUGCAAUGAUGGAGACACAGUUACAUCAGUAUCGUGGUCAGAAAGAGGUCAUUUGGUAGCUGUAGGGACACACAAAGGUUAUGUACAGAUCUGGGAUGUAGCUGCUACAAAGAAACUUAAUACACUUGAAGGUCAUAGUGCUCGAGUCGGAGCCCUUGCCUGGAAUACAGAUGUGCUUUCAUCGGGAAGUAGAGAUAGACUGAUCCUGCAGAGAGACAUACGAACUCCUAGCUUAGUUCCAGAACGCAAAUUGAGUGGUCAUAGACAGGAAGUUUGUGGACUAAAGUGGUCACCAGAUCACCAGCAUUUAGCCUCAGGAGGCAAUGACAAUAAACUCUAUGUGUGGAACAUGAACAGUACAAGUCCUGUACAGACAUACAAUGAACAUUUGGCAGCAGUAAAAGCCAUUGCAUGGUCACCUCACCAACACGGUCUUUUAGCGAGUGGUGGGGGCACUGCUGACCGUUGCAUUCGCUUCUGGAACACGCUGACCGGUCAGCCACUCCAGUGUGUAGAUACAGGAUCACAAGUGUGCAAUCUAGCCUGGUCAAAACAUUCAAAUGAAUUGGUCAGUACACAUGGUUAUUCACAGAAUCAGAUACUUGUUUGGAAGUAUCCUUCAUUAGUACAGAUAGCCAAACUUACUGGACACACAUACAGGGUACUCUAUCUGGCGAUGUCACCAGAUGGAGAGGCAAUAGUAACGGGUGCUGGAGAUGAAACUCUACGUUUCUGGAAUGUAUUUAGCAAAACAAGGUCAACUAAGGAGUCUAAGUCAGUGUUGAAUCUUUUUACGCGGAUCCGUUGAGGAGUGUUCAUUUUCUAUGACCACAUUUGUGUACAAGGCUACUCUGACACACAGACAUGGAGUGUCACAUGAUGUGCCAAAGUAGAACACUGUCAAAAUCUUAGCAAAGUUGACCAGGACAGAACCCAGCAAUUCACACAAGUCAAUAAUUCAGAAAGUAUAAACGUUAUCACAAUGAAUCUAUAGUCGAGUAGGAGAUCAUAUAGCUUGAGGAUAGUUGUGGGGAGAAGAUGAAAGGAGAAACAUUAAUUUCUACUUCAGUAUCUGUUGAUCCUCUUGACUAAUGACGCAAGACUGCAAAACUGAUAGCAUACAUGUGGUAUGUUGUUCUGACAAGCAGAGAGCUAUUUUUUAGAUGCCAUAUUCAGUCACAAUGAAUGAGUUUUCAAAACCAAAAAUCCCAAAAUCAGACGUAUGUACAUGUAACUGAAGCAGCAUUUUGAUGUCUACAUUAUGAUUAGGUAUUUAUUACUGAGAGCUAGUGUAAUUCCAAAACAUUAGAUAAUGCAAAUUUGAAUCUCGUGAGAAUUUCACAUACUUCCUCUGGUGUAGUAGUAUAUUAUCAGUAUCUUCUGCUUUGAGUUCCAUUUUCCCUCUUAUAAACUUCAUACAAUAAGUUGAAGUACAUAAUGAGGUACAUGUAUGAUUUUGGGGGGUAUUCUGGUAUAGGGUUAGUGUUAAGUUGUGCUCAACAAACAACUAAUUCUUGAUGUACCUUGCAUUCAACUGUGUGAUGUCUGUCUUUUGUGUCCACGUAUGUUCAACGGUUUCAGCAGCCAGGUGCAAUGCAAGACUUAUUUACAUUUUCUGACAUAAAUCUUGACUUGUGAUCAUGAAGUCCGGUGUAAAAAUAACAUUGGUUUGGCUCUGCGGGUAGUUCAACCCAAGGGGAAGAAUUUGUUCACUAAUUUAAUGUAAAGUUUACCAGGCAGGGAGCAUGCCAUAUUGUUAACAGUUCUUUGUGCAUACACGUUUUUAAUUUAUUUUCCCCCUUUUUUAUAUAUAUAUAAUAUCCUGAUAUUGAGUUGUUGUUUUGCUGGCAAAAAUACUCUGGCAACAAACAUAAUUGUGGCUAAGAGAGAAAAAAUGUUUCCACAAAAAUAUACAUUAUAUAGCUGUUAAUAUAUGAUUGUUGACCAAUACUGUCGGAAUUAUGACAUAUGGUAAAUGUCCCAGAGAAAACGUGAUUGUUCAACAUCUCUGUUUUUUUUUCGCUUUCAUUACACAUCCUGUCAAUCUUCAUACUCCAUGUAGAUGCAUAAAUUUGGCUGCCAGUCCUGGUGUUUUGUCCCAUUUUUAGAAACCAAUCAGUGUUAUAUCAAGUCAAUAAUUUUGGUGCUACGUGUAUAUUUUAUUGAGAUUUUCGUUUAUAAUAUUGGAUGUACGCCCAUCUAUGUCAUUGCUGCCAUAAUGUUGAAAAUGGUCACAUGAAGCAAUUUUUUACUGGGAACAAACAAGAAUUUCAUUCAACUUUUUAUUCAUUCAUUUAGAAAUUUCUUGCUCCCCUCAACUUUGUUUGAUUCAAAGUCCAAAAAUGUUUGUCUUCAUUUAUAUUUCAUGAAACAUUUUUAUGGCCAGUCAUGACCUACUUGAAAAUUUACCAAUGAUAAAUUUUCUUUACUCAUAUAUAUCAGGAUGCAUUUUAUAGAUUUUAGGAUUAAAGUAUUCCCUUGUCGUUGGAAAUAAUUUGUGAUAUGUUGGUUGAUUUAUUGGAUUUUACAACUAUCAGAAUAAAAAAAGUGUUGUAGUUUAAAACGUGAGAAACAAAACAUGGUUUUGAUUUUAUAAAUUUUACAAUGAAGGGUUUGAAGGGUAAUUUUAAGACUUAAUCAAAAGUGACAUCAAAAUAUUGAAGACAAAACAUACAAGAGUUUUUAUUUGAUCAUCUUUAGAAGUUUCCAAGGAAAAACUUCCCAAAGUUUUUACCACAAACUUCAACUUUAGACAAGAUAGACUUUUUAAUUACACCAAAGAAGUCUCUUAGGUUUGAAGUUUUUUCCUGGUUUUUGUCGUUGUUUUUUUUGCUCUGGUAAAAUCAAUUUAUAUUGUAUAUAUGUGUUCAUCUUAUUUCAUGAUCUUAAAAAACCCAUUUAAUCUCAGUUUUACCUUGAAUUUAUUUCAGCCAGAAAUAGUAAGAGUCAAGAGCUGGUCAUAUCUCCCAUUCUGAUUGUUGGUGUUCAUUAAGGGACUUUGUUGAGUGUAUGAUGUUUUUGUCAAGGAAUGUGUAAAGAUACAGGUACAUUGAAAGAUACAGUAUCAAAGAACUUAAUAAAAAAAAAACAAUGAAUUAA